AUGCCCGGACUUCUACCCUUCAACGAGACGUUAGGAGAGACAAUACCACCGAACACGCCACAUGCGGUGAGUGUGUCGCUUCCAACAUGGCGGUCGAACAUAGGAUACGAAGAAGGAGAGAGCUGGGUGGUCGACAAGAUGCAAUGUGGCUAUCCGAGAUUCUUCAUACACAAGUCGAUCGAGAAGCUUGCGAGCAGUAUCAUCAAGCAACACGGGGAUACCGCUACAGACAAGGCUAUGCUUCUGCCUUCCCACCGGUGCGCAAGCCGAUGCUCAGUGUUCCUUAAGUCUCAGAACCCGGAUAUUGAUCCCUCCCGUAUCCGCCACCUUGACUUCGUCCCUCGACAGGAUCAUCACGAUUCUCACAGCAGCUUCGUCCAGCCUCGGGUCUCAGCCGUAAUCUACCCGCGCGAUCUAUGGCCGACGGCAAAAGCCUUCUGGCAGCACACUGGCGAAGGCAUCUCCAGCAGACGGGCUGAUUUCUGUCAGCGUGCUUUCGACGAAGGACAGCUGGUGGAAGCAAGUUCUGCUCGCGAUUCGCCACCGCGUGUAACGAAAGGUCCAAGACGGUAUCAGCGGGUCUCCGUCGAUUUGAAGAACAGCGCAGUCGUGAAUGGCAACGGAGCCGCUAUGGACGGCGUGCCACCUCCAGACUCUGCUCAGUUUGUCGAAGAAAGGUUCGGCCGCAAUCUUGGCACUGGCCUGGCCAACCAAGCCAAGCUGGCCGUCCGCAAACGCAUCGCCGGCAGCCUGACGAGCGCAAUCGAGCUACCAGACUCGUUGAGUCACGCUGAAGACUUGAUGAGGACGCGCAGUCGGGAUGUUCCUGGCUUCUCCACUGAUGAUGUCUGGCUGUAUCCAAUGGGAAUGAACGCCAUCUUCCACGCCCACGAGACGCUAAAAUCCACCCUUCGAGAAGCCAAGAGUGUCAUGUACGGCUUUCCAUACGUCGACACGCUCAAAGUCUUGGAGAAGUUUGGGCCUGGGGCCAUCUUUUACGGCCACGGAAGCAGCCAUGAUCUGGAUGAUCUAGAGUCGAGGCUAGAAGGAGGCGAGAAGAUCUUGUCUCUGUUCUGCGAAUUCCCCGGCAACCCUCUACUACGCACCCCCGACAUCAAGCGCAUACGAGCACUAGCCGACAAAUACGACUUCGCCGUCGUCGUCGACGAGACCAUCGGCAACUUCCUAAACGUGCACGUCCUACCCUUCGCAGACGUCCUCGUGAGCAGCUUAACGAAAAUCUUCAGCGGCGACUGUAACGUCAUGGGCGGCUGUAUGGUCCUCAAUUCCCACUCAAAAUACUAUUCACGGAUACGAAGCCACCUGGAAGCGGAGUACGAAGACACGAUGUUCGAAGAAGACAGCAUCUACCUCGAGCGCAACAGCCGGGACUUUGUCGACCGCAUUCAGCGGGUGAACGUGAACGCGGAAGUCAUCGCUGACGUUCUGCGUGCUCAUCCCAGAGUUAAGCAGGUCAAUUAUCCAAAGUACAGCGAGUCGAGGCACUUUUACGACGAAUGUCGCUUGCCGGACGGGGGGUACGGAGGCCUGCUGAGCGCCACGUUCCACGAAGUUGAGGACGCGAAAAUCUUCUACGACCACCUCGAUACGCAAAAGGGACCCAGUCUGGGCACGAACUUCACCCUCAGCUCGCCUUUUGUUCUGCUUGCGCAUUAUGGCGAGCUUGAGUGGGCGGCGCAGUAUGGCUGUGAAGUUAGCUUGAUCCGGUUCAGUGUUGGGUUGGAGGACACGGAGAAGUUGAAGGAGGUUUUUGAGACGGCUCUAGCUGCUAUUCCGAGCCAGUGA